UCGAUUGUCGAGAUCGCAAAACGUAUUGAUGAGUUGGUUUCUUCAUCAACGAACACAGGUAACAAGGAUGUCAGCACAAAUCGUGACGAUAUUAAGAGGUUGCAGGGGGCCGGAGUGAAAUACUUGGAAGAUUCGGAAAAAAAUAUCUUGGCAAACGAUUUGGACAAGACAUGGAAAUGGAUUUCAAAAUUUCGCGACGCCAGGAUCGACCUUAUUCUGGAUAAUGCUGGGUUCGAAUUAUACGGAGAUUUGGUUUUUGCAGAUUGGCUAAUCCAAUCUGGCUACGCGCGGGAGAUUUAUCUUCACGCCAAACCAAUUCCGUGGUUUGUAUCAGACACCACACCGCGCGAUUUCAACUGGCUCAUCCAAACGCUUCAAAGCGAUACAUUUUUUAUAUCCUCUGAGCUGGAAAGGUCAUCUCUCAAAAAGCUCGCUAAUCGAUGGCAAUCGUAUAUUGCUAAUUCCCGGUGGAUUCUUACUUUUGACUUUUUCUGGACGUCCCCAUACGCCUAUUGGCACCUUGAAGAGAAGGCGGCAGACUUGUAUGCCGAUUUGUGUAAAUCUCAACUUUUGAUAUUCAAAGGAGAUUUGAACUAUAGAAAGUUGGUAUACGAUUGUAAGUGGGAAACCACCAAGUCUUUUAAAGACGCCAUCGGACCAUUGGCGAGUGCAAAGGGAAUACCGCCGAUAUUAGCCAUGAGAACCAGCAAGUCUGACGUUAUCGUUGGACUUGACGAAGGAGUUGAAGAAAAAAUGAAUGCUAUCGCAGAAGAUUGGAUGUAUUCCGGAAAGUACGCUGUAAUACAAUUUAGUGAAGGAAAUAUAUAA